GCUCAGCUGCCUGUUGCCAAUGCUCGGAUGCCAGAGGCCAGCGCUUUGACCAGUGCCACCAGGUGGCUCUCCCCACUCCCCAGGGGCAGGGCCAUGGGGCUCUCUGUCCCCCUGUGGCUUUGGCUGCUGCAUGCCGCCACGUGCCUCGCCAGCAGCCCGAACCCCAGCUACAGCACAGUGGCCAAGAAGGAGAUCAGCACGGAAGGGGACCUAGUCAUUGGGGGGCUGUUCCCGGUGCACGAGAAAGGCAGCUCCAACGAGGAGUGCGGCAAGAUCAAUGAGCACCGAGGGAUCCAGCGCCUCGAGGCCAUGCUCUUCGCCUUGGAUGAGAUCAACAAGGACCAGGGCAUCCUGCCAGGGAUCACGCUGGGGGCCCACAUCCUGGACACCUGCUCCAAGGACACUUACGCCCUGGAGCAGUCUCUGGAUUUCGUCCGCGCCUCCCUGACCCGAGUGGAUGGCUCCGAACACAUCUGCCCUGACGGCUCCUACGCCAUCCACGAUGACGUCCCCAUGGCAAUUACCGGGGUCAUCGGGGGCUCCUACAGCGACGUCUCCAUCCAGGUGGCCAACCUGCUGCGACUCUUCCAGAUCCCGCAGAUCAGCUAUGCCUCCACCAGCGCUAAGCUCAGUGACAAGUCUCGCUACGACUACUUUGCCCGCACCGUCCCACCGGACUUCUACCAGGCCAAGGCCAUGGCUGAGAUCCUGCGCUUCUUUAACUGGACCUACGUCUCCACAGUGGCCUCGGAGGGUGACUACGGUGAAACGGGUAUUGAGGCCUUCGAGCUGGAAGCCCGGGCCCGCAACAUCUGCAUCGCCACCUCCGAGAAGGUGGGGCGCUCCAUGAACAAGAAGACCUUUGAAGGAGUGAUCAAGGCCCUCCUGCAGAAGCCCAGCGCUAGGGUGGUGGUGCUGUUCACCCGCAGUGAAGAUGCCCGGGAGCUGCUGGCAGCCGCGCAGAGAAUCAAUGUCUCCUUUACAUGGGUGGCCAGCGAUGGCUGGGGUGCCCUGGAGAGUGUGGUGGCGGGAAGCGAGUUGGUGGCGGAGGGGGCCAUCACCAUUGAACUGGCAGCCUACCCCAUCCAGGAGUUUGCCAUCUAUUUCCGGAACCUUAACCCCUACAACAACAGCCGGAACCCCUGGUUCCGGGAGUUCUGGGAGCACAAGUUCCAGUGCAGCUUCCAUACCCAGGACUGCAGCCGGCACUCGCUGAAGACAGGCAAGUUCGAGCAGGAGUCCAAGAUCAUGUUUGUAGUCAAUGCUGUUUACGCCAUGGCCCACUCCCUCCAUAACAUGCACCAGGCAUUGUGCCCCAAUGCCACCAAGCUGUGUGACUCCAUGAAGCCGGUUAAUGGCAAGAGGUUCUACAAGGACUUCAUGCUCAAUGUCAAGUUUGACGCUCCAUUCAGGCCAGCAGACACCAAAGGCAUCGUUCGAUUUGACCGCUAUGGUGAUGGAAUCGGUCGUUACAAUAUCUUCAACUACCACAGAGCGGAUGGGAGAUAUAGAUACCAGAAGGUGGGCUACUGGGCAGAAGAGCUUACCCUGAACACCACCCUCAUCCCCUGGGCAAAGACCUCUGUUCCCGUGUCCCAGUGCAGCGACCCCUGCAAGAAGAAUGAAAUGAAGAGCAUGCAGCCGGGGGACAUGUGCUGCUGGAUAUGCAUCCCAUGCCAGCCUUUCGAAUACCUUCUGGAUGAAUUCACCUGCAUGGACUGUGGUCUAGGAUACUGGCCCAAUGAUACCCUGAAUGGCUGCUAUGAGCUACCACAAGAGUACAUCCGCUGGAAAGACGUCUGGGCCAUUGGGCCAGUUACAAUCUCUUGCUUGGGUUUCCUCUCCACCCUCUUUGUCUUUGGGGUCUUCAUUAAGAACAAUGACACUCCCAUUGUGAAGGCCUCAGGCCGCGAACUCUGCUACAUCCUCCUCACUGGGGUCCUGAUGUGCUACAGCAUGACUUUCAUCUUCAUUGCAAAGCCCUCCACCGAGGUCUGCACCCUGCGGCGCUUGGGGCUGGGAACCUCCUUUGCAGUCUGCUACUCCGCCCUCUUGACCAAGACCAACCGGAUCGCUCGGAUCUUCAGCGGGGUGAAAGAAGGGGUCCAGCGCCCACGCUUCAUAAGCCCCACCUCACAGGUGGUUAUCUGUAUGGCCCUCAUCUCCUGCCAGAUGAUCAUCGUCAUCAUCUGGCUCAUGGUGGAGACCCCUGGCACAGGGAAGGAGACGGAGCCUGACAAAAGGUACAUUGUCACCCUCAAGUGCAACAACCGCGACUCCAGCAUGCUCAUUUCACUGACCUACAAUGUGCUCUUGAUCAUCUUGUGUACAGUCUAUGCCUUCAAGACCAGGAAAUGCCCUGAAAACUUCAAUGAGGCCAAGUUCAUUGGAUUCACCAUGUACACCACAUGCAUCAUCUGGCUGGCCUUCCUGCCCAUCUUCUAUGUGACCUCCACCGACUACCGCGUGCAGACCACCACCAUGUGCAUUUCCGUCAGCCUUAGCGGCACCGUGGUCCUCGGCUGCCUGUUCACCCCCAAACUCCACAUCAUCCUCUUCCAGCCCCAGAAAAACGUCGCCAGCCACCGCGUGGCCACCAACCGGUUCAGCGUGACUGCAGCCGGCUCCAGCCACUCGCAUGGGUCGGCCUCUCAGUCCGUCCCCACAGUGUGUAACGGCCGCGAAGUGGUGGACUCCACGACCUCAUCCUUAUGAAAUGCCCUGUGGUUCCCAUGGGCAAGGGCAUGGUCCCCAGUGCAGACCCCCGCACGAAGACACAGGCCUUUUUCAUUCCCAUUGGGCCUUUUGUUUCUCAAAGCUGUGCUCCCAGCCUGCUCGCUGAUGCCGUCUCACUCACUGGGCCGGCCUUCCCCAAGGAGAGGAGCCGUCGUGUGAGAACUGGGUGCCACCUUCCGCUGCCCUGCUCCCGCAGCGCCAGCCCAGAGAGAGACAAACCUGCUGGGGCGGUCGUGAUUGUACUGAAUGGACCCGCUGGGGCGUGGAGGAACCACACCCUCUCCCUGGGGAGCCAGCGCUGAGCCAGAUGGAUCUCCUGGCAGAUCCACCCUGUGUUACCUCUUGCUGGCCAGAUUACCAGAGAGAGCAAAACCCAAGCAUCUGUACCUCCCCACUUCUCUCUGCACUGGAAUAGGGUCAGGGGAAAGUCCACAGAUCCCACCUGGUUGCUCCCCCUUCCCCUCCCCCCCCCCAAAAAGAUCAAAUACGAAGGGGUCAAAGGUGCUAUGGCUUGAAGAGAACAGACAGGCCCUUCUCCAAGACUACGCUGUCUCGCAGCGCUGGGAAGGAAUUCAGACUGUACAAGUCGGGGGCUCAGGGCUGCUGAUGAUUUUGCAGGAAGAUCCCUGGUUGGAAUGUGAAUCCCCUGCCCCCUCUGAGCUGUGAGAGACUCACUUUGAAAUGGACAAACAGGUGCUUCCACAUCAGAGAUUUCUGACCCCAGGAACCUGGGUUGUACCCAUGAUCCUCCUGCUGACGCAUUACCUGACUCGGCUAGAGGGACCCUACCUGAGGGUUGCCGCAUGUGCGGGACUGUAGGGUUUUGUUUAGCAAGGGCAGUUGGGGACGGGCAUGGUGGCUAGCCAGGGAGCAGGGAUAGAGGGAGGGGCCCACCGGGGUGAGGCAUGGCACAGGAGGGCUGCCCUGUCAGCACCUGAUGUGGGACACUGACAGAGAAGGGUAGCAGGGGACUGAAACAACUCCUACAAGUGGAGAAAUGAUGAGGUAUGAGAACGGAGGGAGAGACCUGAAAAUAUGGGGCCAGCCAGACGCAGAGAGCGAGUGAGGAUCUGGCAGCCUGCAGUCCUGGGGACUGACUUCAGGGGGAGCUGUGUGUCCUGUCCCGGGAGACUGGGCCCAUAACACAGAGAGCAGGGAGGAACAACCCCGCAACACAUGCUUAAGGCCCUCUACCCGGGGGGGGGGG